AUCAAAGAGAUAAUCUUGAUUGGGGAAGUAUUUCAUAAAAUAUAGGUAACAUAACUAAUAUCUAUAAAUGGCUUGCAAUUUGAUCAUAAUCGAUCAGUUGUUCGAUAUCGCUUACACCAAUACCCUGGAUGUGUUGAAAUGAAAGGCACUGGAUUCUUACUGCUUUUUGCAGUAAACUUUUGUAGCGGCUCUUUAAUCAGUCAUGAAGAAUGUUCAAUAGAUUCACAACUGAUUCCUCAUAAAAAUUGCAAUCAAUACUACCAAUGCGUCCAUGGCGCACUUAUGGUUCGAAAUUGCAGCUCAAUUCUUUAUUUUAAUCCAGAAACACAGGAAUGUGACUGGCCUGCAAAUGUUGACUGUAGCAAAGACGAUGAUCUAAAUAAUGACGUCAGUCGAUGUAGCUCGGGUAAAGUUGAGGGACAAUUUUUCGCUCAUGAAAAUUGCAGUAAGUAUUACAGGUGUGUCCAGGGAAACUUAAUUGAACAUACAUGCCACUUAGGUUUGUUAUACAAUAAUGAAAUAUCACAAUGUGACUGGCCUUAUAACGUUGACUGCAAAGGAGUAACCCAAAACCCUGAUGAAACUGAACCUCCAGUAACAGAAUCAGAAAAACCUAACACUGAUAUUACGCCCUCUCCAGAUGAUAGCAAUGAAAAUAAAAGUGACGAAGAAAGUAGUAAAGAAGAAAGCAAAAGUCAAGAAGACAGCAGUGUCGAAGAUAGCAGUGAUGAAUCACAUAGUAGCAAAAGUGAUAGUGACGAAGACAGUGACAGUGAAUCUGACAGCACUGAAAGUAAUAGUAAUGAAGGUGAAAGUAGUGUAGAAGACAUCAGUAAAGAAGAUAGUACCGAAGAGGCCAUUGAAGAAAAUGUAGUAAACAGAAUUUGUGCCUUAGAAAAUUCCGAGGGAUUGUUAAUUCCACAUGAAGAUUGCAGAAAAUUUUACAUAUGUGCUGGAGGAAAACCUGUGAUUAUGAAUUGCCCUACAGGUCUUUAUUUCGAUGCGGACACUGAACAAUGUAAUUGGCAUAGAAAUAUAUAUUGUGGUAAUAACCGAAAGCUAUUAAAAACGCUGGAAAUCAAUGUUGGUGUCAUAGUACGUGGGAAAAAAAAUUAAAAAGUCUUAAGAUAUGAAAAUAUGAAAUAAAAUGUCGUUGAAAUGUA